AUGAUAUCGACGAAGAGGUUUUCAGUGCAAGCGAGAGAGGCACGCAUCGUGUACUUGAGCUGCUUGAGCUGUUUGGUAGUAUUGGUGGUUUUCUUUAGCCUUAACCUAUGGCCGCAAUUCGAUUUGGGCUCUCUUCACUUUACCGAGGGCCACUCGAAGACACAACACGACUACCAGGCGACGCACGGUACCGAUGGCGGAACGAAUAAGACCGACGAUGGCGAGUCUCUAUCACUCAUUCCAAGUCACUCAACAACAGCAAAACCGGCCGGACUAAACGGUUUAAAAUAUGCCAUUAUCCUUCCAACAUAUACAAAACAUAUACCGCUAGCCAUCGAGUUCUUCCAAUCAUUCAUGUGCCUGUGCACCGACUACCAAGAAAUCGAUAUCCAUGUUAUCGUAUCCGACUCCAACGAGGUGAAGGAGUUCCAAGAUGCCCUGAACGGUCUGAAUAGUUGUGGCGAAACAUUCAGCAUAUUCCGAACACCACCGGCGAACAUUAACGGACCGAAACCGAAAUUCAACAUCGUGAAUCUUUUCGACAUAUUGCCGCCAGUUUUUCACACUUUGACUAAAGGCAAAAUCACGGGCGCAGACACAUCGGCGCUGAUAAAUGAACGUAACAAAUAUCAGUACCAAACAAUCAAAAAGAUGGCCGCGGCUAUGGAAAUCAAGUAUGACUGGGCACUGUGGUUGGACUCUGAAGCCAUUGCCGUGCAACCGUUCAGCAUAAGGCAGACUUUCGACAGUUACAUUAAGAACCCAACCAUAUUCAGGUCUAAAAUGACCAACACCGACUUCAUGCGAGCCAUUAUAGGCAGCUCUGCGAACGUUCUGAAUCGGGACAUUGAGUCGUUUGGGCAGAAGUUCUGGAACUUGGAGAGCGUGGAGUGGAUAUUUGAGAAGGCAGUCAUCGACGAUCUCGUUCAAUACGUGGAGAACACCCAUAACCAGGACUUUUGGACUGCCUGGGCCACUCGGGGUUCCCCAUUCGAAAUCAGUCUCUACAAUAUGCACGUUCAAGCACGGAAGCUGGAGACAACCAACCCAAUGUUUACGAAGUAUCAGAUCAUCGAAACGGAAACAGAGAUGGAGAGGUUCGGCAUCGGAGCGGCGAGGGCGAUCAUGGACACGAUGACUGGCACUGGCAUGCUCGAGAGAGGCUACGAACUCUUUAAGGUAGCAGAAGUCGUGCCUGGCUUCUCCGCAAUGCUGAAGAAGUUCGGACAACGCCUAUUCCGGCUGGAUGACCUCGGUAUCGCCCCACCAGAAGUAAUCGACAAAUUCCUCUUGGACACACCAAUAGACAUUUUGUGCUCAGGUGCACCUCCACUACACAGUUGGUGGGAGGAACGAAAGAAAACCAUCAGAUAG